UCAUAAUACAGAAAUCAUAAACUUUCACCUAACCUUUACAGGGAAAUCCCAGGCCAUUUGGCAAACCGAUUGCGAAACACAAACAUCACACCGAGUACCGCACUUCCCUAAAAAUAGAAUUGCCUGUGACAAAACGUAGUGCGUGACUGGAAAUGUACUAACUCAGGUUGACAUGGAUUCAAAUUUUUUGUCUUAUCUCGGUGGUUUCUGUGGCUUCAGUCGCAGUUUCAAUCGCAGUGUACUUGCCCUCGAUCAUCGCUUACACCAAGACUACCGCAAAGCUCUCAACUAUGGAUCCCUGCCGUGUAAUCGGCUCAGAAUCCUCACCAUUGGAGACAAGGGUGUUGGCAAAUCUAGUACCCUGCAUUACCUUCAAGGAGAUGUGUGUGAUCCCCAGGCAGCACCACAAGCUACGGAGGGCAUCGAGAUCACUAUUUGCGAGACAUCAGAUCGUGAUCCGACUUGGAAACUUUGCGACGAGGGUGUGUGUACUUCGGCAGACGACCCUGGCCUGAACGCCGCUUGGUGUGUGUGUAAGAGCAUAGACAGUUUAGGUGGAACUUUACACAAAGAUAAACCAACUACAGUGGACUCUAAGCUACUAAGUUUCCAAAGCAAGAUCAAACGCAAGGAAACUAAAAACUGCACUUCAUCAUGUCUUACACACGAGAAAGUAUUUAAAGCAAUUCUACAGCUAUCACUCUGCAUGGUUUAUCAGAUCAAGCUCUCAGCCCCAGCCGCUCUAAUGUUAAUUUUGAGUCCUUUUAUUAACGAUGGAUACGGGGUUGUUUGCUGGCUCUCUGUUUUUGCUUCUGUCCCUGUUUUCAAAGGCGACUUUAAUUCCUCCUAUCGGUUCAUAACGUCUGUUGGAUUACAAAUUAUUGCAAUCGACGUUGCCGUAACUGCAAAAGAAAACGUCAGCCUUGUUGUAGAUAGCGCUCAGGUGGUCACGCCUUGUUGGUGGUGGGAUGUGUUGGCCUUUGUAUGCUUGGCUCCUGGCUUGUGUGUCCUAAGCCUGUUGUUUGGGCUGCUUUGUGGCACUGGCUGUCGAAGUGGAUUGGCCAUAGCUUUCUGCCUUAUGACACAUCAGUCAGUUGUCCAUAAGCACACUAAGGCUGCAGUUGCAAUAUGCAUUGGGAACCUGAUAGGCUUAUUAAUGUUGCGUGGUGGACUCAAUAUAAACCCGUCUCAAAAAAACAUCAGGAUGUACUCGUUGAUUCUCUUCACUCUGUUGACGUUCAUGUGUCUGUUCAUUCAACCGCACCAGUUAUUUACUUACCAUGUGUCUGAUGUAAUAAUUGGUAUGUUUAUGGGGAUCGGUAACGCCCACGGAGUUCUAAAAGGCCGCAAGAUUGUGGCUAAAAGGAAGCUUAAACUUCCAUACCAUGUGAAGAAAACGUUUGGCUUCGCCGUAGGUAUCACACUUGGUCACCUAGUUGGUUGGAGGUUGGUAAUUAGAAAUGGGGAUGUUCUAUCUAUUGUCUGCUCUGUGCUUGCUGCUCUUGGGUUUUUAUUUUACGACUUCUUGGUUGCCAAGAAGGUUUGGCAUUUGGAAAACAAUCAGGGUAUUCCGAUUUCAACUAUCCGACACUUCCUGAUGGAUUCCGCAAAUAAAGACAACCCUGUAACCAUUAAGCUACAUUUCUGGGACAAUGCUGGGGACAGUGUUUACCAAACAAUGCAGCAAUUUUUCAGGCCAGCGGAAGCAGUAUACCUUCUGGUAUUCUCAUUAAAGACUGCCAUGGAGAACGAAGACUGGCAGCUUGAUCGUUUGCGGCAGUGGCUGUUUACCUUGAAAGCUCACUCCAAGAAUCCAACCACCCUGAUUUUCAUUGUUGGUACCCAUCGAGACAGCGUCACGAAGGAGUUUGUUGACAGCUUCUCGACUCGAGUUGACGGCCAACUCUACAAUGACUUCUGCAGCAUAUUGGCAAUCAAUGGUGACAAGGGACCUGUCUACAUAGUGGAGAAUUCUAAACCGAUGGACGAGCAUGGGAUGAUCCUACGUCAGGCUAUUUUAAACACUGCCAAGACAACACCGCUGAUGAACGAGUUGUUUCCUAUCCGAUACCUGAGCAUCCUUAACAAAAUCAAAGAGUUGCAAUCAGAUGAGUGGAUCAUGACCACAUCUGAUCUCCUUGAUGAGAUUGCGGAGGAUGGCAUGACGCUUACCGAUCUGCAGAAGGUCCUGGCCGGGCUGAACCGCACGGGAGACGUAAUCUACCGAGAAGAUGAUGAGAUUCUCAAAGAGUAUGUUGUAAUUAAUCCUCAGAACCUACUGGAUGUACUGAAGACAGUCGUCUGCAUUCCUCCAAAGGCUUCACUAAUUUUGACCGAAGCAGAUGACUGGUCUGUAUUGGAAAACGAAGGUGUGGCUUCUUUGAGACUCAUCAAGUCUGUAGUUGGAUCUGACUCGCUUCUGCACUGCGUUAUACGAUUGAUGAAAGCUUACGACCUGGCUAUACCUGUUCCAUACUCCGGUAUAGAGACAGACUAUUCACAGCCAGCAUAUAAUGGUGACCUUCUCUCCACUCGCGGACAAUCAACAACCACACCAGAGCUUUCGGGCUACUUCAUCGUACCAAGUCAUCUCCCGGAGUUCAAUGGAGACAAUGAGGACUUCUGGGAACCAUCCCAACAGGAUGAAGAGUAUGUCUUUGACUUCGGUUACGUAUCUGCUGACUCAAUCUUCCAUCGCCUUCUUGCGAAAUGUUGGUGUGAUAGAGACACUGGUGAACUGGUUUAUAACACGAGAGGGCGUUUCAGAUAUCAGCAAGCCAAUUUUUACACUAUGAGAUUACAGAAGAUGUCGCUCUCGCAGAAUACAAUACAAGUGACUAUACUCUAUGAUCGUCACAACUGUUGCUCACUCAAGAUUCUUCGAUAUAUCCGGCAGCAUCUUGAGGAAAUUCGCAAGAUGGAUUUCCCCAAGCUACCGUACACCUGUGGGCCAGUGUGCCGUGUUUGUAGCAAGGAGGACCGCCUGAGAGUUCUGAAGGUGUGCGGUGACGACAAGCAGUUUCCCACUGCUAAUAUGCAGUAUGAGACGUUCAUGGAUCUGGGCAAAUACCACAAGGUUCAUCUGACGCCGCAGCUUCGGGUAAAUUGUGGACGACGAUGCUCGUCACCCGAACUAAGUCCAUCACUGAGCACUAGCAGAACGUCUGGAGAUGUCCCGUCAUUAAAUCCCAGUAUUUCAGUUGGAGAAACGUCAAACAGGGUGACUGUGAUAACUGCAGGUGACAAUGCGAAGUUUGAUAUCCAUGGCAUAACACACCAAGACGAAAAACCAUAAAACAAUAACAACUCACUCCAAGUUUAAAAUUGUAAAGCUCAACUCAUUGCAAAGCAGUUGAGGAGGAAUGAACAUUACUCCGCACUUUUGGCUGGUAAACCAAUAUUCUUCUUAUAAUUGAGACUCUUUACUGAUUAUGCUAAACAACCUCAUGCGCGGUAAUUUGAACAAAUUUGUAAAUGAAAUAAACAAUAGAAUAGUAAGUAUUUAUUUUAAUUAGCGGAGCAUGAUUAAGUUGGCAAGAGUACCAGUUGGUAAAAAGUAUAAUUUAAUUUGAAGGUAGAAAUUUGCACAAGUUGACCAAAGUCAGUUACCAGAGUUGGUUGUGUAUAUUUAACCUAUUUACCUAUUUGUUUUCGGAGGGGAUGGAAAGUAACCUUC